UAUAUAUAUAUAUAUAUAUAUAUAUAUAUAGUCUGAAAUUGAUUUUAGCAUGUUUAUAAUAUGAGCAACGCAAGCAAGCAAACAAACAAACAUCUCACUACUUGAAUUACUAAUCAUUGCCUUAUCUAAUACUUCUGUGUCUACCGAUUCUUCCAAAUUAUUUUUAAUUACACUAAAAUGUUCGAUGAUUGUGGUGCCUGGUUUAAGCUCAAGAAAUGGGUUGAAUUAAUGGAUCAAAUUUAGCCUAGGCUUCGAAGCGAAAUGGUGUUGAAUGGUGUUUGAGCCUUAAAAUUACUUUACAGGAAUCUGUUUAUCCUUCUCAAAUCAUAUUUUCGAUGAGUAACCUUGUUUAUUACAACUGGCACUGGUAUUGUUUCUAGUACACUGACAUUUGUAUGGAUAGUUUCAUUUUCUUGUACUGAUGUGAUGUGGGAAAUUGAACUGAUACACAUAUGUGCCAGGUUCUACGUUUCUUAUGGCCGACAGACUGAUCAAUUUAAAAAUGGACAUGAACGAUGUUAAGUGGCUGGAGUUAGAUGGUAGAAAAUUCUGGAUCCAGGUUUUGUGGUACUUGGUACUCGUUAUCAAGGUGUACCUGCAGUCUUGAGUGGGUUGCACUCCUAAUGGUUUUCAAACCCACGUUAUACAGAUUCCCACUUUGUGACAUUAACAGUGCUGAUAAUGAUUGACCAACUUGAAACUUAGGUCUAGAGUUUCCUGUUGAUAGCUUUUAAUCGCUAAACAUUUUAGCAAAUAUACGUGGUGUCGCUUCAUUGUAACUAAUGUUCACAUUGUAAUUGGCCUAUAAAAUUCAGCGAACACUAAAGGAUUAGAUAAAUAUUACAUAAUACUUAAUAAUCAGCUAAUUGUAAAGAUAAACAAUAUUUAAGGAUAUAUCAAUAAGAUUUUUCCUAAUGGUAUGUACUUCCAUUUGUGCAAAAGAAAUUCCAUUUACUUUGCAAUAGCGCCUUGGAUACGGUACUAAAGAAAUAGUCAUCGCAUCUAAGUUAAGACUAAUAACUGUUAGUUUUUCAUGUUUGACAUUGGUUUGGAGUUACUGAAAUGAUUUCAAACUUAAGACAGUUAAUCUUACACUAUCUAUUGAUAUAAUUCUAAAGGCUUUUGUUACUGCCCAUGUACCACUUCCCACCUGUACAAAAUAACCUGGACAAAUAUUAUACUAAGUGUGUACAGAACUUAUUUUAUUAAGUUACUCUAAUGAAAGGUGACUUAUGAUGUUAAUUUAUUAUAUAGGGUUUUCGUAGAAUGAUAUAACAGUUAAGCAAACACACAAACAUUCUUGUAGAUGGUUUGUUGCAUUUGCUUCAGUGUAAAUAUAUGAAGUGAACAAUGCGUAAGUAAAACACCUGUUACUGAAACUAUUGAACGACAACUUAAAAAUUGGAUAUCUAUGGAAGUCUACACUUUUAAAAAAAUAUAUUGAUUUAUUAUUUACUAUUGAACGACAAAACAGCUGAUGUAGUGUUGGACGGGACUUAACUAGAAGGAAGACCUUGACAUGGAUUUUUAUAUGGCUUACUUACUUACGCCUGUUACCCCCAAUGGAGCAUAGGCCGCCGACCAGCAUUCUCCAACCCACUCUGUCCUGGGCCUUCCUUCCCAGUUCAAUCCAAUUCUUGUUCAUUUCUCUCAUGUCUAUUUCCAUUUCCCGGAGUAAUGUGUUCUUUGGUCUUCCUCUUCUUCUUUGGCCUUCAGGAUUCCAUGUAAGGGCUUGUCUUGUGGCGCAGUUGGGUGCUUUUCUCAAUGUGUAUCCUAUCCACUUCCAGCGCUUCUUCUUCCUGAUUUCUUCCUCUGCUGGGAUCUGGUUUGUUCUUUCCCACAGUAGGUUGUUGAUAAUAGUGUCUGGCCAACGGAUCCGAAGUAUUUUGCGCAGACAACUGUUAAUAAACACCUGUAUUUUCUGGAUGAUGGCUUUCGUAGUUCUCCAAGUUUCUGCCCCAUACAGUAGAACUGUCUUGACAUUUGUAUUGAAAAUGCUGACCUUUGUGUUGGUUGACAGUUGCUUUGAGUUCCAGAUGUUCCUCAGUUGUAAAUAUGCUGCUCGUGCUUCGCCGAUCCGCGUCUUCACAUCUGCAUCAGAUGCACCCUGUUCAUCAAUGAUGCUGCCCAAAUAUGUAAAGGUUUUUACAUCUUCCAAAUCGUCUCCAUCAAUUGUGAUUGGAUUGGUGCAUUCUGUGUUGUAUCGGAGAAUCUUGCUUUUCCCUUUGUGUAUAUUGAGACCUACUGCUGCUGAGACUGCUGCUACACUGGUCGUCUUUUACUUCACUUGUUGUUGUGUGUGCGAUAGAAGGGCCAGAUCAUCUGCGAAGUCUAGAUCGUCUAGCUGCAUCCUAGCUGUCCAAUUUUUAUAUGCCUAUAGGCUAUUUAUUCAUAAACAGUUAUCAUUCGACAACAUAAUUUUGUUUCAGUUGACUGAAUUACUAAAUAUUUAUUCAUUUACCGUUUAAUUAGUUAUAUAAUAAAGUAUUUAUCCCCUCUUCUAACUAAGAGUACUGAAAUAAGUUUGUUUUUUUAAUUAUUAUUCUAAGAAAAGUGUUAUAUUUACACGUGAUGUAUUUUAUAUUUUUAAUUCUCUAAACGUCCUGACUUUUAUUAUUUGUGUUUCCUGUUUUUUUCCUUUCUCAUUGUCUUAUAUUUUCUCUCUCAACUUGAUCUACGUUUUUGCUUUCAUCAAAUUAUAUUCAGUUAGAUGUGAUAUUAAAUGAAAACUUUUAAGUAGUGUUUUUACAAAAACAUAAAUAUCAUGAAUCCGACUGUAUAUACAUUCAUGCGUCCACGGCUUUGAGAUGCACUAAAGUAAGCGAAGGUCAAAAGCAAAUGAUUCUCACCCUUUAAAUGACCUUUGCAUUCACUAGCUCUUUAGGAGGCGUCAACUUAUUUUACGUUAAAAAACCACUUUUAAACAACAAUUUGAAAUAUAUUAAUAUGCCACAUAAACAAAAUGAUUAAUGAACUAAAUUUCCUAUAAAUUAUAGUACAAAAACGUUGAAUCAUUCAAAUCCAGAUUGAGGUGAAUUUGCACUGAAGAUAUUAAAUGGUAAUUUACUAUUAUUAAGAAUGAACAACCAUUACAAUAAACGACCAUGGGAUCAGGACUCAUAGCUCUGUGCGAUUUAUAAUUGUAUGUGUAGUUGUUGAUCUAAGGAACUAAACUAAGGAAUUUUCAAAUAGUAUAAACUUCAAAGUAUAGAAAGUUAAAUAUUCAAUAAUUUUGAGUGAAAAUUAUUUCCAGAUCAUCUGGAAUUCUUAAUUAUUCUCACCUAUCAAAUUGAAGAAACAACGUUUUCCAGUCCCUUUAUUUUCAUGAGUCAUCUAAUUAUACCUAAACCUGAUGACCUAUUAUUAUUUUAAUGUUGUUAAAAAGUGAACGAAUUUAGACUUAAAAGCACAUAAUAUUUCACUGAUCAUUGAAGAUUACUGGCUAUCCGUUGGCUCCUACUUGAAAAACGCAUUUAAGUUAUGGUUCAAAAAAUGCUUAUAGAAUUUUAUCCAUAGUGAAAAUUUCAAUAUAGAUAUUUAUAAGUUUUCAAUCACCUCAUAAGUGAUCUAUAUUGUUACUGGAACUCCCCUGUUCUCAUGAAUAUUGAUUAAUACUACAAUUUUCGCUUACAUGUGCAUCACAAUUAAAAUCAUAGAUAGUUUCUCACUGUAGUUGUUUAAUAUGAACUAUGUUUAUUAUGUAGUAGAUCCAAAUCGAAGUUUUUUACUGUAGUGCAUAUACAUAUGCAUAAAUUCAAACAUCCGCUCACAUUGAUUUUCUUGAGCUAAAACUUGCAUAGGAAGACAUUUAGAUUAAAAAACUACAAUAAUGAAUUGUAUACUAACUUCAUGCCAGGUCAAAUAAAAAAAACGUGAUAUAUAUUCUACACAUUUAUAUCUAAGACAUUUAAAUAAUUUUGAUAGUGGUGUAUAUUAACACAGACACAGCUUUAAUGUUUAGUCAGUUUCUGUCAUCGAUAUGAUGAUGGGAUUAUUAGACAAGUAGAUAAACGGAGGUAGUUUGAAACCAUUGAAAUACAUAUUUUAACUAUUAUGAAUUCAAAACAUAAAAACGAACAUAAAUAUAUUUAAAAUUCGAGAUAUUGUAAAUAUAGCAUGCAAAUAAAGACUAAUAUAUGUAAAAAAAUCUAGUACUUGUAUAAGAAAAUAUGCACAAAGAAUUAUUUUUCACUCGUCAUCAUGAGUCAUUACUAGCCAAUAUCUGUUUUUGCACAGAUAAAAGAUCUUUAAUGAAGAAGUGACAUAAGAGAUAACAAAAAUGUAUUACGAUUAUUAGGUAGUUUCAACGAUGACAUUAUUCAUUACAAUAAGUUUGUAUAAUAUGAGUAAUUUUCCAUAAUGGGUAACAAAAGGCUGAUAUAAAUACCUGAUUAAUAUGAACUUUAGUUGUAAAUAUUCAAAAAAUUGUAUUGAGACAGGUUUUUAUGACGAAAAGUAAUUGCCAUUUACCGUUAACCUCAACAGCUUCAAGCUAAUUCAUAAAACAUAUAUAUUAGUUAGGUAGUUACAGAACAUGGGUUCUUUUUUAUUAUCUUUUCUUCUUUGCUUAAGUCUUCGAGUAUUUAGUAUGGUACAGGACGUGUCUUAAAAAUGAUCACCUGUAAAUAAUGUAGGUAGUGAACAUUGCCAUUUAAUUAAAACAGAACUCAAUUGAAAAAAAUUGAAAACAAUUAACAGCAGUCAGUUAUCGGCUUAUUAUUGCUGAAAUUACAAAUAAUUUCAUCUAUGUACGUGUUUAUUAUGACUGACUUUAAUAUCUUACAUUUUAAUGUGUUACUUGUUUAAUAAGUUUAAGUUUAUAAACUUGACUUUUAGCCACAUUAUUCAAGUGAAAGACAUUGAUACUAUCAAACUGACUAUGUCUAAGUAGGUGGAGUGGGAUUAGAACCUCUUAUUUACUGUUUGAGUGGUUUAAUUAGUAACCUACCGUUCUUAUGUUGAAGACAGAAGAUGAUGUUUGAUAGAUAAGUUUAAUAAGGUGUCCUGUGCUUUAGCAGUAUAAAAGAAUUUAAAGUACGCUGUUUUAUCGUAUAUAUUCUAUUUAUUCAGUUACUUCUUCCCACUGGUGAACAUUACACAUUUAAAUGAGUAUGCUUUUUCUGCACUUAAUUUCUGUUAUACAUUAACUCAACCGUAUCAAAUUAUUUUUCAGUAAAUGAUUUUGUGAUUUAAUUAUUUUAAUUGUAAACCUAAAUACUAC